UAUAGGACUAUCAUUACACAUCCAGUACUAUUAUAUGUUAAACAUAGAUGCUAUUAGUUAUACAAAAAGCAUUAUUAUAGUACGUAUUUCCACAAUAUGGAAAUUUUUCUCUUGAUAUUCAUGAUAUUUCUAUACACAUCUCGUGAGAUCCAAGGUGGAAAUAUCGAGACAAGAAUCCACCAAAUCCUUGAGCCAUCCGCAACCGUUGAUGUAAAAUUUGGCAUAAGUAUGCAGUCAGAUCAAACCAGAAAAGUUUUAUUUGUCGGGGGAGCUGGAGGAGUCUUUUCGUGUCCCUUUUCUUAUAACUCAGUGAACAAUGAAACAGUGAUAUGCACAUCAGCUACGGCUGUUGGCGAUCUUGCUGCAAAGAUUGGAUAUGAAAUGGCAAGUUUUUCACACGGCGCAGAUGACUAUCUGUUGAUUUGCGGCAAUCAGCACUACUUUUCUUGUCCCGAUCAACAAAUAAUUCAGAGAAUGACUGGACAAUGCCAUACCUAUUCCAUCAGUGACAAAGUACAAACAGUGAUACCAUCGCCGUGUCCACGGAGAUGUCCACAGGGACUAGUUGCCGAUCUUGUAUUUGUUGUCGAUGCAUCGGGAAGCGUGGGCUCGACAGAUUUCAGGAAAGGUCUUAUUUGGAUCAUCACCAUCUUAGAGAUGUUCAGUUACGACAUUGAUCAGAAAAAUCUGCACGUCGGGUAUGUCAUAUUCAACGGACUCCCUUAUAGGAUUGCAGAACCAACACAGAAAAGCUUUCAUGAGCUCAGAGAUGAGAUAUUGUCAGUACCAUACAAUGGCGGAGGUACCCGUACAGAUAAAGCAAUCGAAGCUUCUAAGGAUGUACUCACAAAUUCAAGAAAUAAAGUCUCUAAAAUAAUGAUAACUGUCACAGAUGGGAAUUCAAACGAGCAAGAGUUAACAGAGUCUGCCGCGCUUGACGCCCGAAAUGAGGGAAUCGUAAUGAUCUCAGUCGGUGUAGGUAGCGAAGUAUCUACUGAUGAACUACGUAUCAUUGCCACUGGUGAUAUAGACAAUAGCACACGAGUUAUGACUGUAACCAAUUAUGACAAUCUUGCUCAGAUCAUCGACGAAUUAAGUCAAGUUAUAAAAGAAACUGCUGCAACCGGACUUGAGGGUGCAGAGAGCAAUUCAACUACAGAACUAACGAAUUGUCAGUUUGGAUCAUCCAUUACAGCGGGUUCGCAAGGAUUUUAUAUUGGAGCACCUGGUUCAUAUGACCGAGUGGGAACAGUUGUGGAAUUUGGAAAUAUUAAUUUGUUCCCUCGUAGUACAUCAAGUGGUCAUUUGAAUGACACAGAGUUAGCUUCCAUGCUCAAAACGUCACGAAGCUCAAUAAAAGAUAUGUAUUUGGGGUAUUCGGUUACUUCUGGAACAUUCAGAGGCGAUGAUAAAAAAUGGAUAAUAACAGGGGCACCUCGUUAUUUAUCUCGAGGACUGGUUUUGAUAUAUCAAAUAGAUGACAAAAAUUCAUACACUGUCUUACGUCCAUCAGAUCUCUCUGGAAAGUGGCAACUCGGAAGCUAUUACGGACACAGUGUAUUGGCGAUGGAUAUAAACGCCGACGGAUAUGAUGAUCUUAUUGUAUCAGCUCCGCUUUAUUCAAAGGAAGCUGGAUACGAUGAAGGGCUUAUAUUUGUCUAUAUGAACGAUAGAUCGACUCUGUUUUCCCAAGACUGGACGAGUCCGGGGUUUUCACCACUACUGUUAGAUGGAAGUGGGGUGUCUGGUUCCAGGUUCGGAAUGUCCGUAGUUAAUGCCGGUGACAUUGAUCAGAAUGGUUAUGAUGACGUUAUCAUUGGCGCGCCUUUUGAAAAAAGUUCUCUGUCUGACGAUGGUAGUGGUGCAGUGUAUAUAUAUUUUGCAUCGAAGGAUGGAUUACAGCCUGGUAUUGUGCAGAAAAUAUUGGGAAAAUCGAUUGAAGCUGGUGGACGAUAUUUCAUCGGUUUUGGAAUGACAAUUCACGGUUCCGUAGAUUUUGAUAACAAUGGCUAUCAUGAUAUCGCAGUUGGAGCGCCAUCUAGUGAAAAAGUCAUUUUAUUGCGUUCAAGAAAAAUUCUAGAAGUAUCUCUGACUGUCACCGUGUUUCCAACUACCAUCAACAUAAUAAAUUGUGCUAGAAAUUUGGACGCAGCUUGUUCCACUGUACGAGCUUGCAUAUCAGCGCGAUACAAAAAAGAUCCUAUGUUUGGAGAUUUGUUUGAUAUAGCGAUGAACGUUACUCUUGAUUCUCUCGUUGCGGACAACGUUCAUAAACGGUUUUAUUUCGUUGAGUCAAAAUCAAGUGUAAUAAACGUGGAUAAUAUAAAUGUUGGAAGUUUUUGGACUUGCCGACAAUACACUAUGCAGAUCAACCCUGAUAAUCUCGGAAAAGUAAAUGGGGGAGGAUUAGAAGUUACUCCUCAAGUUCGACUACAAGUUGAUUUAUCGCAAAUCCAGCAGAACCAAAUAAUGUCGGGAGUAUUAGGAUCACUUGAUCAAACUUCUAAAACAGCAGACUGGAGUUUCGUAAAAGGAUGUAGCGGAUUGAACGGUCGAUGUGAACAUGACUUAGAUUUAACAGCCACUUUCUCCGAAAAGACAUCAGCGGAUCCAAUAAUUCUUUCUGGUGAAAGUAAAGUAAUGCAUGUUAACUGUACGAUCAAAAACAAUGGCGAGGAUCAUGCGUAUUUUCUGAAAGUCAACAUUUCAUCAGGGUACUUGACUGUGCAUCAGGUGACUGGAUCUUGCGUUUCUUCGUCAGAGGAAGAGAGUGAUCCGUAUGCUGGAUCUGCAGUCAUAAAAUACCAAUCUACUGUAUCGGUAUUUAAAGAUAUGAUGCUCUCGGGAGAUUCCUGUGAUUUCACAAUCUAUUUUGACUUUUCAAAACUUCAAUCGACUGCAAGUGAAUCAGAACUAAGAAUCAAAGUAAAAGUCUACUCGAAUGCCGGUGGAGAAAAUACAGCUUUUGACAGCAAUCCUUCCAAUAAUGAGGUCUCAUAUUCAAGAGCACUACGAUACAAGUCGAAUGUUCAGCUGAACAAAGUCUCGAAUCCAGAAACCGUGUUUUUCCACCCACCUGAUGAUCAGAGUAUUACAACAUUAAAGACAUUGGAGGAUGAGGUUCUUGGUGGAUCAGGAAGUAAUUUUCACCACAAGUAUUCGAUAUACAACAACGGUCCAUUAGGCCUAGCCAAUGCUAGAGUCAAACUAAGAUGGCCUGAGAUGACACAAGAAAAGUAUAACUUACUCUACUUAGUGGACGUCAAUUGUCAGCCGGAAGAUGUUUGUGUUUGUGAAAAGGAAGGAAAAGCAAAUAAAUACAGAAUUUCACCAAAUCUCGAUUCCCUUCGACCAUACUUUCAAGAAGUGACUUUGGAAUACCCGAGUGCAUCAGAAGCGCUUGUUUCAUCAAAGAGCGUAAACUGUGACAACAGCAUUUGUAAUGAAGUAAUCUGUGAACUGAGCAAAGUCGAUGUGUUCAAACAAAUUAGCGUAACAGCCUACUUCAAACCAUGGACUCCGACUUUUGGAAAAGAAUUUACCAAAGUUGACGUUUAUAGUUCUUUCAACCUCAUUCCGGCAACUUCUACUCUUCAGACAUCGAAUACACAAGAAACGCUGGCGACAACAAUGAUGUCGUACGAUCCAUCCAACCCUCCUCCUGCUCCACCUUCGAAUGCUGUAAACGUUGGGGCGAUUAUCGGUGGUAUUAUCGGCGGAAUCAUUUUGUUGAUCUUUUCAGUCCUGGUUAUGUGGAAAGCUGGUUUCUUUCAAAGCAAAUACGGUAAAUUGACAAGAGAAGCCAGAAGAACUAUCAGAGAAUCUCAGAGAGGAAAUAUCUCAGACUACGUGUACGACAAUCCAGUGGCGUCUAAUCCUGAGUUAAACAAAAGCACUGAAGAACUUUACUAAAGAAACUUUACCAAACAAUAUUCAAACCCGAGUUUUUU